GUCUGCUUUAUCCUUACCAGUUAAGCUCAGAAGGCAAGAAAGGAAAAAAAAAAAUGAAGGAAUAGUAAGUGUAAGAACCAUAAUAAAUGUGUGUUGAAUUUAUCAGGAAAAAGGUUAUUUGGAUCAUAUAAUAGGUCUGAGCUCUGAGCUGUUGGGAUAAACAAUGCUGAAAUUUUAAAUGUAAUUGCAUGAAGAAUGACAGAAACUCACAAAGGAGUACUGAUGCCACCAGAGAGGUGAAUGGUAAGGCAGAAAGCAUCUGGGCUUUGGAGUGUCCUCCAGAAGCAUGUGGCCUCUGUGCAGACCUCAACAGAACCACAGGAGCUGGAGACUGUAACACGUUUCCUUCAGAAACUGAUAAUCAGCUAUAGACAAAAUAAAGGAAUGCAGGAAGAACAUGGAGGAUUUUAAGGGACACUAUGGCUCAGAUCCUGGAUCCCCGCCAUUAAGCCUGCUCAUGUGAACUAAGGGAGGAGUUCCUGCAGCUAGAGAUCACUCACAGUGUAGAAGAUCUUGCCAAGACCUUACCCCAGAUUUUGGGGCAGAGGCAGAAGAGACAAGAGCAGAACAGAUCUCACACUUGUGAAUCCUCUUGCACAGGCAACAGAAAAUGACCACACUACAGGAAUCAUUCUCCUUUGAAGAUCUAUGUGUGGCCUUUAGCCAAAAGGAAUGGCUGUUACUGGGUCCCCAUCAGAAGGCCUUGUACAAGGAUGUCAUGCUGGAGAACUACCACGUCCUAGUGUCACUGGGCUAUGAAGUUAUGAAGCCAGAUGUCAUCUUCAAGUUGGAGCAAGGCGAAGAGCCAUGGGUGGGAGAUGGAGACACUCCACGUUCAGACUCUGCAGAAGUCUGGCAAGUAGAUGGUCAAAUGAAGUGGCACCAGGAUAACCAAGACAAGCUUAAAAAUGUGAAAAGAGGUCAUGAAUGGGAUGCAUUUGGAAAAAAAUUCAAUCCAAGUAUGAACGUUGUUCCUUUAAGUAAAUCAAAUAAUGAAGGUGACUUAGGUGGAUUGAUUUUAAGACAUCAUUUAGAUUUGCUUAUUCCAAGAGCAGAUUAUGGAAGAAUGGAAUCAGAUGACUUGAAUGUAUUUAAUAAAUUGUUUCUCAAUACUGAACCUGAGGAAACUGAUUCUUGGUUGAAAUACUAUGAAUGUGAUAAAUGUGGUAACAAUAGCUAUAAAAAGUCACAGAUUGUCAUUUUCCACAGAACUCGGUUAGGAGAGAAACUCUAUGAAUGCAGUGAAUGUAGGAGACGCUUCAGUAAAAAAUCCAGUCUCAUUAAACAUCAGAGCAGACACAUAAGGGAGAUAGCCUAUGGCUGUGGUAAAUGUGGCAAAACCUUUCCCCAGAAGGCACAGUUUGUUACACAUCACAGAACUCAUACCGGAGAAAAACCCUAUGAUUGUAGCCAGUGUGGGAAAGCUUUCUCCCAAAAGUCACAGCUUACGUCCCAUCAGAGGACACAUACAGGAGAGAAGCCAUAUGAGUGUGGCAAAUGCGGGAAAGCUUUCUCCCGGAAGUCACAUCUCAUAUCUCAUUGGAGGACACACACAGGAGAGAAGCCCUAUGGAUGCAGCGAAUGUGGGAGGGCUUUCAGUGAGAAGUCAAAUCUUAUCAAUCACCAGAGGAUUCAUACAGGAGAGAAGCCCUUUGGAUGCCUGGAGUGUGGGAGAGCCUUCAGCAGGAAGUCGCAGCUGGUUACCCAUCACAGGACGCACACAGGAACAAAACCCUAUGGGUGUGCUGAUUGUAGGAAAGCAUUCUUUGAGAAAUCAGAACUCAUCAGACAUCAGACUGUUCACACUGGAGAGAAACCCUAUGAGUGCAGUGAAUGUAGGAAAGCCUUUAGAGAGAGGUCAAGCCUCAUUAAUCAUCAGAGAACCCAUACAGGAGAGAAGCCGCAUGGAUGCAUUCAGUGUGGGAAGGCCUUCUCCCAGAAGUCACACCUCAUAUCACACCAGAUGACACACACAGGAGAGAAACCUUUUGCCUGCAGUAAAUGUGGGAAAGCCUUCAGCAGGAAAUCCCAGCUUGUUAGACACCAGAGGACUCAUACUGGAGAAAAACCCUAUGAGUGCAGUGAAUGUGGAAAAGCCUUCAGUGAAAAGUUAAGCCUCACUAAUCAUCAGAGAAUUCAUACGGGAGAAAAGCCGUAUGUGUGCAGUGACUGUGGGAAAGCCUUCUGUCAGAAGUCCCAUCUCAUUUCACAUCAGAGGACACACACAGGAGAGAAACCCUAUGAGUGCACAGAAUGUGGCAAAGCCUUUGGUGAGAAGUCCAGUCUUGCAACUCAUCAGAGAACUCACACAGGAGAGAAGCCAUAUGAAUGUAGGGACUGUGAAAAGGCCUUCUCCCAGAAGUCACAGCUAAAUACUCAUCAGAGAAUCCACACAGGAGAGAAACCCUACAAGUGCAGUCUUUGUACAAGAGCAUUCUUUGAGAAGUCAGAAUUAAUUAGACAUCAGAGAACUCAUACAGGAGAAAAACCUUAUGAGUGCAGUGAAUGCAGAAAAGCCUUCAGGGAGAAGUCAAGUCUCAUUAAUCACCAGAGAAUCCAUACAGGAGAGAAACCCUUUGAAUGCAGGGAAUGUGGCAAAUCCUUCUCUCGGAAGUCACAUCUUAUCCCACAUCAGAGGACACACACAGGCGAGAAGCCCUAUGGAUGUGGUGAAUGUAGGAAAGCCUUCUCUCAGAAGUCACAGCUUGUUAAUCAUCAGCGAAUCCACACAGGAGAGAAGCCUUACCAAUGCAGUGAGUGUGGGAAAGCCUUCCCACAGAAGUCCCAGCUCAUUAAUCAUCAGAGAACUCACACAGUAAGGAUGGCCUAGGUGUGCCCUUGAUGGGACGUUUUGACAGAUCUCACUUUGUUCUACUUCAGAAAAUGCAGUUAUGGUAAUUUUUCAGGUAAUAUUUGCAUCACGUUUUGCAUCAGAGUAUUCCUUAGGAUCAGAACUCUAUAAAUGAAGCUAUAUAGGUAGAGCACUCAGCAGGAAGCAUGCGAGAAUACUUGGACACCAGCCUUCAUGGAGCAGAAUGAUACUAUGAACACAGUGAGUCCCAACUAUGGUCAAGUCUUUUGCAGUGGAAAGUUCCAGCAUGGGAAAUCCUGUGAAUAUCAGAAAGCCUUCCAGAGGUCAAAUCUCAUCAGCUAUUAAUAUUCCCACAGGAGAUGAGGGAUAAUUCCCAGAAUGCAGCGAGGCAAUACUUUUUCAGGAAACAAGAGCUUGUUGUACAUAAGAAUAUGCCGUUAGGAAUGAACUUCUAUGAAAUCACUAUCUCUGGGACAUGUACCCCCAGGAUGUUGUACUUUAGAGAGUUCAUGUUGUAGAUAAGCCUAAGAAUUACCUUGGAAAUGUGUGCCCCUUGAAGUAAUGCUGUCAUGGAAACCUCACAAUUAUAGAUGUGGGUACCAGCAGUCUAAAUGGCUGACAGAUGUUUCCUUCAAAGUAGGAAGUUUUAAAAAUAUGUGAAUAAAUGAAUCAUUGAAACAUCUGAA